AUGGAGGGCGAGGUACUGUUUUCAGCAGUAAACAUCAUUGACGGCGAUGAAGGGAGCCAGCCUUACGCCGCCGAUGUGCUCAUCCGGAACGGCAUCAUCGCUAAGAUUGGACCCCCAAGGUCUCUUCACAGCGAUAAUGCCCGUCGGAUUGAUGGCGCUGGGUGCUACCUAACACCCGGAUUUAUCGAUAUGCAUGCGCAUUCUGAUCUCUACCUAUUGACUCACCCUACUCAUGAGGCAAAGGUCACUCAAGGAUGUACCACUGAGGUAGUUGGCCAGGAUGGCAUCUCAUAUGCACCUGUUCGCAACGAAAAGCAAAUGCGAGCUAUUCGAGAGCAAAUUGCAGGAUGGAACGGCAACCCCACUGACAUAGAGUGUCAGACAGACUUGAAGCAGAUUGGUCUGUUCGAAUGGCGAACCAUUGGAGAGUAUCUUGAUUGCCUGGACAGAAAUCGAACAGCGACCAACGUUGCCGUCUUGGUUCCGCAAGGCAAUUUACGUCUGCUUGCUUGUGGUCCAUUCGAUACUGUUGCAAAACCUGAGGAGAUACUUGAACAGACAGAGCUACUCCGUGAGUCUAUGGAUCAAGGUGCUGUGGGCAUGUCGAGUGGACUGACUUACACGCCUGGCAUGUAUGCCUCGAACUCGGAGCUUGCAUCACUUUGCAGAGUUCUCGCUCAAGAAUAUCCCGGAUCAUUCUACGCGCCGCAUCACAGGAGCUACGGCUUUCGUGCUAUUGAAAGCUACCAAGAAAUGCUAGAUCUGGGAAGCAUGACCCGAUGCCCCAUACACUUGACACACGCCACACUGAACUUCUCGGAGAACAAGGGCAGAGCUCCCACCCUUAUAUCCAUGAUAGACAAACAUCUUGGACAAGGAUUUGACGUCACACUCGAUACGUAUCCAUACCUGCCUGGCUGCACAACGCUAGCCGCCUUACUGCCUAGCUGGGCUUCAUCUGGCGGCCCUUCCGAAACAAUGCAGCGCCUCGAAGACCCAGCUAUCAAAGAACGCAUCCGUGUUGCUGUCGAGGUCGAAGGAUGUGAUGGUGGACACGGCAUCCCGACCAACUGGGACGAAAUACAGGUUGGCGAAGUGACAGAUCCAACGAUCGCUCACUACUCUGGUCGGCGGGUCGGCGAAAUUGCCACGUCUCUGAACCAAAGACCCAUUGAAAUAUUCUAUGAGAUACUCCAGAAAGACCGCCUUGCGACAAACUGCCUGAUGCAUAUCGGCAACGAAGAGAAUGUUCAAAUGAUCAUGCAGCAUCCCGUACACAUGGCAGGCAGCGAUGCAAUUCUGCAUGGGACCAAAGUACAUCCUCGAGCCUAUGGCACUUUCACUCGAUAUCUUGGGCAUUACGCUCGAGAUCUCGGUCUUUUGAAGCUCCCCUCCAUGAUUGCUCAUCUCACCUCGCGACCAGCAAAGCGUCUUUCCAUCUACCCUCAUCGUGGUCGCAUUGCGGAGGGCUCUGCAGCUGACAUUGUUGUAUUUGACGCUUCAACAGUGAAAGACAUGGCAACAUUCGAUGAACCGAAAAUGCCAAGCAGGGGUGUUCGCUUUGUGUUGGUCAACGGCCAGAUUGUAUUGGACGAGGGCAGGGUCACCGGUACCAGAGCUGGAAAACCCCUAAGGCGGCACAAGGACGGCACGGUAGGAUCCUGA